AUGACAAGUUGCUCGCUAGGAUUGAUGAUCGCCUGGACAGACCCUCAUCGAACACUUGCUCACCGAAAAUUUUAUGAGAAUUUAAAACAAGAGACUGCACAUAACCAUACAAAUCCAUGCAAUAUUUUGACACAAAAUUAUAUUGGUGUUCCGGACGAGGUUCGUGUAAUCUUACCUACUAACGCAAAUUUGAAACGAGAUAUUCGUCGUUGGCGUCAAGACGAUAACUUCACUACAAUUCCAAUAGAUAAAAAUUUUAAAUCCAUUCCAGACAAAUAUAAGAGAACAACGACUUUAUGGACAUUUUUAGAUAAACUGAUAAAGGAAGAAAAUAAUUUACAUUCAGAUAUAGUGAAUGCAAGAUCUGGCCGUGAACCGACAAUCCAGCAACAAUAUGAGUCACUAAACAAGCGUUUACAUAGUUUGGUGAAGAACCCUCAUCCAACAAUUUAUGAUCAGUUACAAGCUAUCGGACGUUUACUGUAA